AUGACAGGUUUUAGAUAGAACAGUUAUGGGGUAGAUUGCACAUUUAAGCAAUUUGAGGAGAAAAACCAUGAACUCUAUUUGAGAUACUUCAGAAACUGCUCUUAUUAAAAUCUUUUAAACUUAUAGAGGAUAUUGAAUUAACUAGACAGAGAUGAUAAUUUGCAGAAUUACCUGAUAAAUCAUUAGCUAAAAUACAAUUGA